AGUCAGUGAUGUUGUGAGUGCGCGAGCAAGUAGUGAAAGUGGUGAAAGAUUUUUCCCCCUAGCCUGGAUUAGCGCUGUGAUUUUCUACUCCAGCGUUCGCUUGCCGCUCGGAACAGGAUUUGCUUAAUCGACGCACGAAUUCGUAACGCAACAAUGGCAUCGCGCGGCGGACCCAUGAUCGUCGGAACCGAUGGUGCAGAUUUCGAGCACAGGCAGCGUGUGGCCGCACAUUACCAAAUCAGCGCACUCAACAAAGCUCGGUUAAAAUAUUGCAUUUUCUUUCACUACCUGCUGUUCUUCAUGAUGCUAGUCAAGCUGUCCGCCGACAUCCUGGAUCGUCUCGACAUCUUCAUUUUGGAAAUCGAGGAACUGCAAAUUCCACAGCCCCUCUGGUGGGAGUACUUCUGGUGUCUGUCGGUGUUUCUUUCCUUUAUCGGUCUGUCGGCGGCCCGCCGCAAUCGAAUAAACGACAUGAAGAAGUAUAUGGUAGGUAUUAGCACGAUCGCCUUUGUACCCCUGCUGUACUGCCUCAUCUACUAUCUGAACGACGUGAUGGAGUACAUUAACAUGGAUGAGGAUACCGAGCUGGAUGACACCGACAUUUUCGUCUGGCAGGUAAUUGGCUAUCCGUACGGACUCUUGUGGUACGGCUUUGUGCUGCUAGCACUCCAGGUGCACUUCUUCUCGCUGUACUUUGCCUGGAAUCUAAUAAAGGCCUGGAGGUCUCGUGGAACUCUUAAGAAGGGGGAGUAAACCGACAUGAAAUCAUGUUGGACUUAACAACUGCAACCAUUUGAAAGACAAUAUUUCCGACAAAUCUACCAUAUUGCUUACCGGUACCACACGGCCAGCGGCUUAAAACGAUGUAACGGCUUCUUCGAUUUCACGGACUCAAUCUUUUGUGUAGUGCACAGCAGCUGGAUUAAAGAUAAAAUGCAGUAGUUAAGUAAUGUUUCCAUCGUUGUUAUAGAACAGUAAUUCGAGUUAACUUAGUGCAACUUAAUGUGCAUACGUCGCAAAUAAAACACUUCGGCCAUAACCCAACAGCGUUCUUCUGCAAUACUCCACAAAACAUGUAGAAAAUUCUUAGUGCUACACAGAUAUGACUUCCCGCUCAUCGGAGAAACGUACUAUAAAACAAUUUAAAUACGAACGAAUGUAAGGCUGCCACAGACCUUAUCUUAUAGAGUUUUGAUUGUCUCGUAAGUUUUUCAUCAGUUUUGUUUACAAUUUUUAGUUUUAGAACAAAGCGUUAUUUAUUACCGGGAAAAUUAGACAGCCGCAAUUUAAACGACGUAACAGAGAGCUCAAGUUAUUUGAUAUUUACAGACUCCACCGUACGCUGCGAGCGCCGCAGCAAAAUCGUUACUUGUACACUUAUUUUCGGAUCGUUGAAAAGCGCUUUAUAUAAUAAACAGUUGAUAAUAAUGUUGUUGAAAGUGCAGUGACAGCUUUGCACACAAACAGAACCGGACUCUGCCACUCUGCUCACGAAUUGAAACACAAGAAAAA